AUGCGAUUAUUCUCCGGCAUUUUUGCCUUGGGCUGCGGCGUGUUCCCGUGGCGGCGCGCGACGGCGGGCGGCGCCAGCCCGUGCUCCAGCCCCAGCCAGAGCCACGCCGCCAGGACCGCCCCGGCCACCCCGAUAAAGGAAGCGAACAAUUCAACAGAAGGGCAGUAUAGGCGUUCUCCAGGACUCUCCAAAUCUGUUCGGCACACUAAGAACGGCACCAUUGGACACGUUGAUGAACCACCAACAAGCAGAUCCGACUGGGAUAUCCACAGGACAUGGCCUGAAGCUGAAGCUGAUAAGGAAGCUACAAGUGGUUCAUCAAAUUAUCUUUCAUCCCAGACUUCAACCAAUCGACUGACUGACAACAAGGAGCUGUCACAGUCACAACGCAGCAUAUCAAGCAGUACAUCAGAGAGUGUUCUACAGAAAUUUCGCAAAAGCUUUGCCUUUAAAUUUCACAAGAAGAGUGGCAGUAAAGAUGGCCUUGAGCUUGGCUCUAGUAAAGAUGGUGAAGGUGACGUUGAAGAGGAGAAUUGUGCUGAUGAUGAAUUAGCUACAUCACAGUCACACGAACAACUACCACAAGAACCCACAAAGGAGGAAACAGGAUCAGAUCCUAAGUUCAAGUUUGGCCCUCUGGUAUGGAGAUCGAGCAAAGAACGCAAGAAAGGAAAAAAGGCAGCCAGAAAUGCAAAGUGCAACAGUGGCGACAGCGGCAUACAAAUUGAGAUGCUGCCUGGCUCGGCUCAUGUUACUGGAGGUGACAGCUCUGAAUCACACGACACUGAUCACCUUGUUGAUGAUGAGCCCCUAGAUGAAAUGGAUAGCCCGCCAGCUGUAAGAAGAAGAGUAACAAGUAGUGAAAAGUCAUCUCGACCACAGUCAGAAGUUAUUCAGCAACUCCUCAUAGAUAAGUUUAAGGCAGAUCUACAGACACGUGCAGCACAGCAGGGACGGCACCAACACGUCAGACGGGCGCACUCCGAUCUUGGUGGUCAGCGCCUCUUUCAGUGGGACGUGCGCUCUAGCUAUCGACGUAUGUUUUCCACACCUUCACCCAUCAAGAUGAGGCCCCCACGAGCUAGUCCACCUCAUCCUCGUCCGGCAAAUCUAGAGCAGCCAGUACAAUUACGGAACUCAAAACGGCGUUCUGCGAGGCCACAACUCAGGCGAUCUCUGAGCCAGCCCCUAGGUUUGAAUGAAUUAUCUCCACUCCUGCGGAGAAAACCUCGUACAUCCACCAGUAAUGUGUUAAGCGAAGAUGAACAUGAUGCCCGCACUGGAACUUCUGAUGACGAGAUGAUGUCUGAUUCUGAGUCAUCUGUUGCAUCUCUUUCAGAUAGGAAGAAAUCAUUUGAACAGGCCAUGGAUGAAGAUCUGGUAAUCUUGGCAGAAGCAGUGUGGGAUCAUGUAACAAUGGAACCUGAAGAGCUGGCUUUCCGAGCAGGAGAUGUCAUAGAAGUUCUUGACUCAGUCAACAGGGACUGGUGGUGGGGGACGAGAGGAGAAGACAGUGGCUGGUUUCCAGCUGCCUUUGUCAGGUUACGUGUGAGUCAAGAGGAUACAGUGGAAGACUGUCUUGCUGCCAUGGCUGCAGGUUCAGCUGCUACAUCUCAACUUCGGCGUCGCACAAGUGUCUCCCUCUUGUCUAAUGACCAGGUCAGGUCUAGUGUCGUCCGUGAGCUAAUAAACACUGAACGGGAUUUUGUGAAGAUUCUGACGGAUGUGGCAGAGGGUUAUCUUGCAGAAUGUAAGAGGAGAACAGAUAUGUUUUCCCCAGAGCAGAUUAACACCAUCUUUGGGAAUUUGGAAGAGUUGCUACAAUUCCAGUCGAACUUUCUGGAAGACCUUGAGCAAUGUGUGGACUGGGAUGCUCCACAUCGAUCUUGCAUUGGUGAAUGUUUUUUGACACAUAGGUCUGGAUUUCGAAUAUACUCUGAGUAUUGUAACAGUCAACCUAUGGCUACUGCAACACUUCAAGAGCUGUAUCAGCACAACAGCUACAGCAAGUUCUUUGAAGCUUGUAGGCUCAUGCGUGGUCUUAUAGAAAUUCCACUGGAUGGCUACCUUCUCACUCCAGUACAAAGGAUAUGCAAAUACCCUCUUCAGCUUGCAGAGCUUCUGAAGUAUACCAAGGUUGAUCAUCCUGAUUAUGAAAAAAUUAAAGAAGCUCUUGAAGCAAUGAGGAAUGUGGCUGUCCUUAUAAAUGAGCGGAAACGUAGAAUGGAGAGCCUGGAGAAGCUUGCUGCUUGGCAACAGAGAGUAGAAGGCUGGGAAGGAGAAGAUCUGAUAGAAGUCAGUUCUCAAUUAAUUCACCAUGGUGAAGUAAUACGUGUGACAACUGGAAUGUGGACCAAUAACAUAACUUUGUUUCUGUUUGAUCAUCAACUUGUCUACUGCAAGAAGGACAUCUUGAAAAGAAACGUUUUUGUCUACAAGGGUAGAAUACUUCUGGAUGCAAGUGAGGUUAUUGAUGUGCCUGAUGGAAAAGAUCCUCAGCUGGGAAUAGCAGUGAGACACUGUGUACGAAUAGUCUGCUCGGGUCGGGAGAGAGGGCUUGUUUUCGCAUGCCGUUCGGCAGCUGAGAAGACACGCUGGCUGCAGGCUCUUGCAGAAGAACGUCGCCUUGUAGAUAAGGAUGCUCGUGAAGGGCUGGAGUUCGCACCAGCUGCCCGACAACUUGCCAGGAUGGCUGCUCGCUGCCAACGACGUCGGCCACCGAGCAAACCACGAGGGAAGAGUUACAAGCGUGAUUCUUCACACCCUGUGAAUAACCUUGAUGCAAGUCUUCACAACCUAUCCUCAUCAACAAGUCACAGUUCAAGUAAUUCGCUGGGCCGAAAAAUGGGCACCUGGUUUACAUUUGGUAGCAGCAAGAAAGGUCGUGCUACACACCACCCAUCAUGAAAAAGAACUCAAAUGGUGCUGUAAUAUAGUGAAUUUGUGUAUGAAAAGGAGUUUCUUGUGGAGGUGGACAUACAUGAUGUCUAUAUUUAUAUUGGAUAUUGUGAAGCGUUUCCGCAUGUAAGGUAAUGCAUGUCAUGUAAGUCUCGUGGCAGAGAAGGAGCAGUUAAAGUGAACCAAAUAUUUUGGUUAUUCUGUUGUUACAUAAUCUUUUUUGUAUGAGUGGUUGGUGCAUGAAAUUUGGAAUGAGCUGGCCUAAACUUUAUACAGGAAGAAGUUAGUGAUAAGCAGCACAAUAAAGAAGACUGAUUAUAGCCUUCCUCAAAACCUAAAUUUUGUUAAGAAUCAGUUUGCUGCAGAAGCAGUUGUAAGUUUGAGGAAAUUUGUAGGAGUAUGCUAACUGUAAACAAAAACUGUUUCAGAGUGUUGUAAUUAAUUUAUAAAAAAUGGAGAAUUGGCUCACAGGAAAGAAGAGACGUUAGACUUUCAUUAUAUUGUUAACAAAUUCAAAGAUUUAAUCACUUUUCAAACACUGCUUGCAUUUAUAGCAAUUUCCUGACUACGUUGGAACCAUGCUGUGCUACUUCUAAAGCACUGGACAUACUUUUGUUACAAGGUGACCUGAAAUGUUGUAUGUUUAACACAGGUUUAUAGCUCCUAAUUUUUUAUAUGUAUUCAGUAAGGAAGAGAAAAUGAGCAUGUAUGAAAUGUUUGAUGAUAUUAUGGACAGAGAUUUUGUUUCUAAUAUGGUUGUUUACUUGAGAAGGCUUGUGCUUUAAAACAUUCAAAUUAUGUUAUUUGAUGCUGCACACACACACAAAUGUAUCUGGUGCUUUCUUUAUUUCUUACAAAUAAUGCUUAGCAGGUUAUUCAGUAUUUCUGAUAUGCUGUUCAUUGCUGUUCAUAGGGAAUGCUGUACUUAAGAGUACAGCCAUAGCUGACUAAUUCAUAUGUCUGCAUUUUUAUGUCUCUAGUCAUCUCCACAGCUUUAAUCAGUUUCAAGAUGAGAAGUGUUAUAUCCCUGCUCAGUGACUAACAUGAGGAACACAAAUUAAUAAUGCUUGGUUCAUGAGGGCUCAUAAUAAUGAUUCAUGCACAUUUCUACUCUUUACAAACAUAUUGAAGAAAACAAAUCAACAGGAAUGCAAAAGAUGACAAAAUGAGGCUACUAGUUGUGCCUUACUUAUCUCAGUUGUAUUUAACAAAUGCAGCUGGGUGAAGAAUAAACUUUACAGCUGUGAAACUUGACAACUUCAUAUUGAUCAUUUUUAAUGGUUAAUAGUUUGGGUCAUGUCUUGAACUGAUAUAACAGGGACUGAUUUUCUUCCUUCAGAAGUAUUUCAUUAUUCAUUUAGUAUUAAGGAAAAUGUGUGGCAUAUUGUAUCAGAUUUUACACGAACUCUGGAGUAUGUACUCUGCAAAGCUCACUUUUACCAUUAAGACAGUUUGUUGUGUAAAUAUGCCCAUGCAUUCCAUACAUCCAAAGUUAUACGUGGUCACCAUAGUCAUCUCCAUUUUUGCAUCAUUGUAGGAGGUUUUCAGUCUCUUUCACUGUGUCAGACCAUUGAAACAAUUAGACAGGUAAAGAUUAAUGUUGUUCCGCUACUGUUGAAAAGACUUCAUUCAUAACGCACACGGCUAAAUUAUUACUAGCAAAACAGUAAUCAUGCUUGGUAGGGCAGUUGCAUUAGUCAUGCCAGUAUUUCAGUGUUUUAUUCAAAGCUGUUUGUAUUUGUACUAUGGUGUAUGGUUCCUCAGUCGCAUGUGGACUUUGUGUUUCAUUGCCAGAAUGUACAGAAAAACUGUAAUGGCAGCUUAUGUGCUUAUCAUAAUGAGUGGUGUUAAUUGUUGUAUACCACUGUCUGCAUUUUCAGUUUAAAAAUAAGAAAGUUUCCAAAUGAAUUUCUGGUGGUACCUCAGUGGAAUCAGUUCAUCUUGAAUCAAUAGUAAACUUUUAGAACAUUCAGAAGUUUUUUAAGACCUUUGUGUGUAGUAUAUGUGUAAUAUACUAUAACUCUGUCACUCUGACAGGCUAAGAGGGAAAUAAUUUGGACUGCAUUUCAGAUUGAGUCUGGCAGGUUAAAUGUUUAAACACUAGUGUUGAAAUAAUGUCAAAUAGAUCAAGUUUGCAAAUGGAAUCGGUAUUUGUUAUUACAGAAUCGAAAUUUGUUUUCAGGUGCAUUCUGAUGAAAUCUGUUGUUAUUGUCAUUAAGGGCAUUACAUAUUUUGUGAUUUUGGUAGCUUUGUGACAGGAUAUAGGCUACAAGCAUACUAUCCACUAAUUUGUGGUUUUUAAUGUAGGUGUAGUCUACCUAUUAAUUGCUUUUGAAUUUUGUUUUUCAUUUGAGUCUCAUCAGAUCCAAAUUACUUGUAUUGUUAUUUUGAUUCAUUGAAACAACUAAAUAGCCUAACAAAGAAAAAUUUUAAAAUUGUGCUACACUUUGAAUUUGCUGUGUAAAAGAAAAUGAACUGAUAUGUUUGAAAUAUAAUACUGAUCAAGAAACCUAGCAGUCUACAAAAUAAUUGUGGGUUGCGCAUAUUUCUUAUUUAUGUUACUGUUGAUCGGCAGCAAAUAAUUGGAGUAUCAUUAAAUGCCAACACCUUUUGUUAUGAUGUUACACAACUACACUGUAACCUUAACCAACAAUGUUAAAUAUGUUAAAUUUUGAAUUCUUAACGUGUUAACCACAUAUUUAUAUAGUUGUUGUCGAAUGUUGUGCUAAGUAUUUUCUAUGGACUCCAAACCAUUAUUUUCUGCGGAUUCCUAACCAUCACAAUACUUUAAGCAAAUAGAUUGCAAAAGUAAAUAAAAAGGCAUAAAGUGAUAACUAAUGUGUACCAUAGUCUUCUAUAAAUGCUGUUCUUACUGAUAAUCAGUGUAGAUGUCAUGUACAGUAUCAGAGGAUACAGAGAGUCUUACAGUACUUACAUACUUGUUGUAUGAAAGAAGCAUCCUGUGUCACUUUCAUACAAAAAUCAUGUGCCCCAUGUCAUGUACAGUAUCAGAGGAUGCAGGUAGUCUUACAGUACUUACAUACUUGUUGUAUGAAAGAAGCAUCCUGUGUCACUUUCAUACAAAAAAUCAUGUGCCCCAAACAAGUAUAAGUGUCUCUUCUGGUUAACAUAUUAAAUACAAAUAAAAACUGAUAUAUGACUAGU